AGAGUUCAGACUAUAUAUAAAGCAAACAAAUAAGGCAACAACACAAAUCACCUAAAUCCUCCACAACAUCUUUUAUCAUCUAGAACUUCUUUCAGACUAUAUUUUUCCCUGAUCAACUUCUAGAAGAAUGGCCUUUCUGAUGCCCAGGCUCAUUCACGCAAAAAGAAUUCUCCGAAGAUCAUUUUCAAAUGAAAGAAGCACAUUUACAGACAUCCCGAAAGGCUAUCUUGCUGUUUAUGUUGGAGUAGAAGACAAGAAGCGAUUUAUAGUUCCUGUUACACUGUUAAGCCAACCCUCAUUUCAAGAAUUACUACGCCAGUGUGAGGAAGAGUUUGGGUACGAGCAUCCGAUGGGUGGUCUCACAAUCCCAUGUAAUGAAGACAUAUUCAUUGAGGUUGCUCACCUUUUAUUAUGAGCUUAGCCAUAGAUAUGUGACAAUUUUUCGUAGCUUAGUUUGUAUAGUACUAGUUGAAAUACUAAACCAUUCAUGUCUUGUAGAUAGAAACAAUAGUUGUUGUCUUUUGUAUGAAAUGCAAAGUCAUAACUGUUAAUGAUAUGAAAGCUCACUAUCCCAAACCUUGUGUUUA